UAGGAUGCAACAACCAUUCAACAGGAAUUUGGCUAGCUAGCAAGGAAAUUAACUAUGAAAAAGGCGCCCAGGGAAACUUCUGUUUGUUGAAAAGGAUUGUCAUUAUCGACAGUCAUCACCGAAGGUGUCAAACUUCUACUAAUGUUACGGUAAACCGAUUACUUUCUUUUUAUGUAGAAAAGGUCUUAGGAAGCAAUUUUCAUGAAUAGCUCACGUUAGCUAGCAAGCUAAGUUGCUUGACUGGCCAACCAGAGAAAAACAGUUCCAUGGGAGUUUAGUUUCAUAAAUUAGCCUGCUGGUUAUCGACCUUACAUUGCCCAAAGUACCCUAACAUUCCAAGACAUAAUGCCGCUGGGGUUGAAGCCAUGUUGUGCGGUAUGCAAAACAAAUUCGUCUUCUAUGUGGAAGAAAGGAAACCAGGGGGAAAUUCUGUGCAAUAACUGCACAGUGAAGAGCACAAGCGGUGGACCCUCCGGACCGUCAGCAUCCUCCAACGUACAACAAAAUAAUGGCGGAGGAAAACAGUCCAAGCAGGAGAUCCACAGAAGAUCAGCACGAUUGAGAAGCACAAAGUACAAAGCGCCAGUUUCUGAGAAGAAGGUCUCGACUAAAGGAAAAGGCAGAAGACAUAUCUUCAAACUGAAAAAUCCAAUCAAAGCUCCGGAGUCAGUUUCAACAAUCAUUACAUCAGAAUCUAUGUUUUACAAGGGGGUGUACUAUCAAACAGGGGACGUAAUCAAAGUCUUAGACGAAGAUGAUGGAAAGCCAUAUUUCGCCCAGAUCCGUGGGUUCAUUCAGGACCAGUAUUGUGAAAAGAGCGCUGCAUUGACCUGGCUGAUUCCGACACAGGCCAGUCCAAGAGAUCACUUUGACCCAGGCACAUACAUCAUUGGCCCAGAAGAAGAUUUGCCAAGGAAGAUGGAGUACCUUGAGUUUGUGUGCCAUGCACCUUCAGAGUACUUCAAGUCAAAGAGCAGUCCCUUUCCAACCAUGCCUAUACGUCCCGAGAAGGGCUACAUUUGGACACACAUUGGACCUACCCCUACUGUUGCAGUCAAGGAAACAAUUGGUGGCGGCAACUAGCCUUUUUUUGUGAUCAUGCAAAGGACGCACAUUUGCAUAUAAGGGUCUAUCACUGACCAGAACUAAGGAAGGUACUGGACAACAAAGUACUGUGUCAUCUGUUCACAGUAUUAUUUAUACGCUUUUUACAGAGUGACAUUAAAUGACUUAACAUUGGGAUCAGUAUUUCUGAAGAUUGAGAGGUGCCAUCAUAAACCUGAAGACAUGGUGCUGUACAGACUUGUCCCAUUGGCAUCUUUUAAAACACUGACUUUCAUACUGGACUCUUUUUAAAAAAAAUAGGUAGAACAUAUGGAGUCACUUUCUGCUCAUUUGUUGUUUUGUGAAACAAAAUAAAUGUAGUGGGUGUCUUGUC